GGCAGCCGCGCACUUGCAGCCAUGGCGCCUCGCCGGGAAGCCGCUCUGAUGCUGCUGCUCCUCGUCCUGCCGCUGGCGAGCGCGGGGCUGAGCGGCUACUUCGGCACCAAGUCCCGCUACGAGGAGGUGAACCCGCACCUGGUGAGCGACCCGCUGUCGCUGGGUCCCGGCGCGGGCGGGUCGCUGCCCGCCUCCUGCACUCCGCUGCAGCUCCGCGCCGUGCUCCGCCACGGCACCCGCUACCCCACGGCCGGGCAGAUCCGCCGGCUGGGCGAGCUGCACGCCCGGCUGCUCCGCCGGGCCGCGGGAGCCGCCGCCUGCCCCGCCGCCGCCGCCCUGGCCGAGUGGCCCAUGUGGUACGAGGAGAGCCUGGACGGGCGGCUGGCGCCGCAGGGCCGGCGCGACAUGGAGCAGCUGGCGCGGCGCAUGGCCGCCCGCUUCCCCGCGCUCUUCGCCGCCCGCCGCCGCCUGGCGCUGGCCAGCAGCUCCAAGCACCGCUGCCUGCAGAGCGGGGCCGCCUUCCGCCGCGGGCUCGGGCCCACCCUCGACUUCGGCGGCGACGAGGUGGAGGUUGAAGUUAACGACUCCCUGAUGCGGUUCUUUGAUCACUGCGCCAAGUUUGUGCUGCUGGUGGAGGAGAAUGACACAGCCAUGGGCCAGGUGAACGCCUUCAAAGAGGGGCCUGAGAUGAAGAAGGUCCUGGAGAAGGUGGCCAGUGCUUUAUGUUUGCCAAUGGAGGAGCUAAAUGCAGAUCUUGUUCAAGUGGCUUUUCUCACCUGCUCCUAUGAGCUGGCCAUAAAAAAUGUGACCUCCCCAUGGUGUUCACUCUUCAGUGAAGAAGAUGCCAAGGUGCUGGAAUACCUGAAUGACCUGAAGCAGUACUGGAAGAGAGGAUAUGGCUACGACAUCAACAGUCGCUCCAGCUGCAUUUUAUUCCAGGAUAUCUUCCAGCACUUGGACAAAGCAGUGGAGGAGAGCAAAAGCUCCAAACCCAUUUCCUCACCUUUGAUUGUCCAAGUGGGGCACGCAGAGACCUUGCAGCCCCUGCUUGCCCUGAUGGGUUACUUCAAGGACAAGGAGCCCCUCCUGGCCACCAACUUCGCGCGGCAAGAGCGGCGCAAGUUCCGCAGCGGCCGCAUCGUGCCCUACGCCGCCAACCUGGUGUUCGUGCUCUACCACUGUGACCGUGCCAAUGCCUCCCAGCAGGAGUACCAGGUGCAGCUGCUGCUCAAUGAGAGGCUGCUGCCCUUCCUGCACUCCAACGAGACCACCUCCACCUACGCUGACCUCAAGGAUUACUACAAGGACAUCCUGGAGAACUGCCACUUCAAGGAGGAGUGUGAACUGCCCCAGCUCAACGUCACUGCCGUCGAUGAGCUGUGAGGGAAUGAAGCGUUCUGCAAAUUGCUCUGGGCUCAGCUCCACAGCUGUCGGGAACAAGCACUUUGGAUGAUUUGCUGCUGCUGUGUUGACUUUCUAACCUUGCAGAUCUGGGGGGUUGUCUCAGCUCGGUGUGCUGGUUCUUUGUUGCAUAAGCACAACUGCUGUCACAGGGAAGUUGUAACAAAUGCGUGAUGCAAGACACAAAUACCUGUGUGUUUAUGUGUGCACAUGAGCUGAUUUCAUUGGUCACUGCUGUUGUGAAUGGGCCAUGGAUGGAUUUAAGAGCUGGGGCAGCUUCUAUUUUAUUGAAUCUGAAGUUGGUUGGACUGAUUCAGUGUUGCUUUCUGCUGCCUGUGUUUCUAGCUGCUGUUUUCCUGUGCCACGCAUGAAAUAUUUCAAACCUUUUUUUGAUCCUUUUCUCAAGCUUCUAGAACGGAGAGGGUACAUAGUUCUUCUCCACAGCUGAACAACUUCUGCCUGGACAGCACCAUUUCUAUUUUGAGCAUUUUAAAGCAGGAGGAGUUCCUGCAUGCAUCACCUGCUUGAAAAGGGGCAAGGAAUUAAAAGUCUUAAGGUCAUCAUCAACCCAUCCUGCAUAGCAAGUUAGUCUCCAGGGUAAGUAAAUUAUCUUUACAAAGAAGUAGGAAAAAAAAAAAAGGAAAUAAAAGUGAGGGAGUGGAAAGUAGCCACUCUUCCUUUUAGGUGCUCUGGGAAAUGCAGCAGUUAUUGUUUAAAUACUCUGGAGUGUCCUUUCAGUAACACCAUCCAUUUCUGGUGUUAUUUGGGCCAUGGCUCUCAAUCUCUUGGUCCUGCCCAGGUGCUGACAGUUUCCCUACCAGCCCUGGCUGGAAAGCACCUCUGAUGUCUCCAGCCUCCUGCUGGAAAUGGAAUUGUUGCUAACUCUAAAUCCAGUUUUUUGAACUGUAUAAAGAUUGGGCUGAGGCUUGAUUUCUGCUGACUUUAAGGCACCAAACGAGCUGCCACUUAUGCAGGCCUUACACAUUUGAUGUGCCACCUUGCUUUUGAAAUGCAGCUGUUUUAAAGAGGUGAAUGGCAUAGAAGGACUGGUGAUAUUUUAAAGGAAGUGCACUUUAAGUAGGUUCCCUCAUGCCUGAAAGCUGGGAAGUAUUUCAGAGCUCUGCAGUGUGACAGUAAAAGGAAAACUGAAGCUAGCUGAUGAGAAAUGUCAGAAAAAGAUUCUGUCAUCACCUGCAAGGGAAUGGUUGUUUGACCAGGCUGGCCCAAAGCAAAUGAAGGAUGGAUUUUUGGUGCUGGUAACUCUUGAAGUGUGCACUCUCACCAUGUAAUGAGCAUCCAGAGCUCACCCUGCCAAGUGGGGUUUGUUUGGCUGUGUUUGCUGGGCAGGAGGUGAAGGGGUUACCACAGCAUGGCCUGCAGCACUUGAGGGUAUAAAUGUCUAUAGUGCACCUGAUAAGUGCUUUUUGUGGGCUCACCCCCAGAACUGGGAACUUAACUGCUGCAGAAACAGAAAAAAGCCAAACUUCAAGCUGAGAAGUUACACUUGGUGUGUGUGGGUUUUUAAAUUUUUUUUUCUUGAGGACUCAGCCUUUGGUCACUUUUUUUCUUCUUAAUAUACCUUGUAUAAAAGCACUUCAUGUUUACAUCCUGUAAGUUAAGGAGCAAUUGAACACCUGGUUUUUGCUGCUGUGUUCAGGGCAUUUCCCUCCCUGUGCUUGCAGGGCCCUGUUUGGUUUGUGCACCACUUGCUGCAGAGAUCACUGAAGAUACUGAUUCCAAUAUUUCAGCACUUAGCUGUGUAAAAUGUUUGAAUCAGUAUCCACAGCUCUUUCUGAAGCUGGGGAAAUGGUUAGGGAGGAGUUGAGUGCUGCAACAAGCAGAGGAAUAUAGGUCAGGAUAAUUGUCAGCCCCUGCAUAUGACUCCUGCUCAAUCACCUUUGCAUGGCUUCUUUUGCACAUGAUCCUACCUGGAGACUGUCAACUGAUGGAAAUGGUUGUGACAGAGCCCAGUUAAGAACUUUAUUGCAACAUUUGAGUCAGGCUAUAAAGAAAUGAGCCUUUGUUUGAAGGCAGUUAAGUUUGGAAAGAGCAGAUAUCAGAGUGAGAAAAUCCACCUUUGAACAAAUAUUUUUUUUCUGUGAGUCAGUGAUGAUUCAUGAGCAGAAGGGAUGAAAGCCUGACUAUGUGAGAUGAAUGGAAGAUUCUGUUGUCAGUGUUCAGCAAGACUGAUUUUGAGACAUCACAUUUGUUAAAAGAUACAUCCUUCUUCCUUAUGGAGGGAGGAAUACCUUGCACUUGACUGCUUUUCUGAUUGUGUGCCAGGUGAGGUGCAGGAACAAAACACUCCUGCUGUGGGUACCCUUUGUGCAUUAGCAGGUUGAUUGUGUGUUUAAAUUCUGUGGGUGAUGCCUCAGAAGCUGUUUCCUGGUCCACCUUGGAGCUGGGUCCCUCAAAGCCCUGUAACAGAUCUCUCUUCAGGACUGUCAGCAGCUAACUGGAGAGGAAAAUCUGCUGUUGGGGCUCAGGAUGCUCUGACUCACUGCUCUGGCAGAAUUAGAGGCUCAGUGUGGAAGUUUUACACCAUUGUGGCUCUGUAGAAGUGUUGGGACAUGUAAAUAUCCAGGCACUUACUCUGGUUCAGCACUGGGGAGGUGCUGAUGCUUUUGUCUGAUAAACAAAGACAUUUGUUUAGACAUUAAAAAAAACCCAAACUAAAAUGGAUCCAAAUACUUCUCCAAAGCUGUGCACUGGCUCAGUGAGCAGUGUUUGAUCAGGCUGCCACAUCUCCUGGCAGUGCACAUUCCCACAUCCUGCAAGACAAAUAAUGCUUCCUCCUCCUUCCUGUGCCUCUGGAGCCUCAUCUCACACACCUGUCAAGGACUCUCUGCAACUGGAAGCUCUCACUGAUGGAGAAUACCAACAGUGCUCUGCUAUGCUGGCCUUCAAUAUGUGAAAGUACAUUUUCAUUUGUGAAAUGGUUCAUCUUUCUGGCAAGUGAAUUUUUGCUGCCCAGUAAGAGCUGCUGCUGUUCUGGUUAGCAUGGAGCUGUCAGAUGCAGGUUUGUAAUGAUCUGGUACUAACUGGAGGAAUUUGGAGAACUUGAAAUGUGGAUUUUUAGUGCUGUGAAAUAAAACUGCACACGUUCUUGAUCUGUUUUCUGAGCAGCAAUAAUGAAAUGAUCUUUGGAAUCAUGGUUUUGUUUUUCUUCAAAAUACAUUUGGGAGGUUGCUCUUA